AUGUUAAAUGCGGUGAAGUUUCUGAUCCCGCACUUUUUUGCAUUCUUUUUGCUUCUCAGCUUUGCUUUAGCGAAUGAUAUACGCACUGAUUCCAAAAAAAGUGAUGAGAAUGCUAAGAAACCAUCCUCAAAAUUACUCUCGAAACUGCCGUUGAACCAAUUGGAUGUUCUCGGAUCUAAAGGAAUCAAGAACAUCAUUUCUGGAUUGGAGAUGGGUAGCGGUCUUGAUUUUCUUAUUGAUCUCAUUAAAACGCUUAAUUUCGAAAAGUUUGCUGUUGAAGGAUAUUUUAUUAAUUGCUACAUAGACACCUUAAUUCUGUGGAUUAAGUUGCAGCUAGAAAGGGCCUUUGUGCCUACCGAAACACUCUCCCUGUUCGAUUUUUAUGAUAUUCGAGUUCCGGUCUUUGGAGAGUCAAUUAAGGAAGUAAAGAAUGCAAAAUUUCCGGAUUUCAACUCUGAAAAAUCACUUUCCUCCGGUGCGUAUAAGAAGGCCAGCGCAGUGGGGGAGAAAUGGCUAGCUUCGCUGCUUAGUUCGACAAAAACAGCGAAAAUUAGCAACAUUAUCGAGGCACUCUCCACAGAUGGCCUGCUUGCAUCAAGUAACCGAUUUCAAAUCCCAUCUUCUGACCAACUUCAAAGGAAGGAGGCCUCCAUGUUUUUUGAAGAAGUUAUGGGGAAAAUCAGGGUUUGGUUGGCAUUUUCGACCGAAAACGAUUUUUCUAGCACCAAUAAUAUCCAGAAACUUGCCUCGAUUAUUGUCAAGGAAAUCGAGACAAAAACGUCAGGUGGACUCUCCGAUUUUGCCAAGUGGUCUGCAAUGAAUCCGCUUGGGGCUUCCAAGUCUCCUCUUGCAUCUCCUCUGAUGCUUUUAGGUUCCCUUUUGACACAGGUUAUCGUUCAAACCCUUCUUGUUGCUAUUGGGAAAAACGAGCUGCUUGGAAUCGUUUUGCGAGUAGAAAAUUGGCUCGAACAGCCAAUCAUGAAAAAGCUUCAAUUCGGAAACAUUGAUAUGGACUUUCGCCAGAUUAUCAUGUCAUUCAUCGAUACCUCUUUGAAGCGUCAUCCAGAGGCAGCAAAACUUAGAUCCGAAAAGGACCAGCUAACAUGGGGUCUUGUUGUUGGUAUCUUUACUAUGUUAUUCUAUCGAGCGCGAUCGAGGAGUUUGGAUCCCCUUAGCAGCAGCGAGAUUACUUCAAUUGUGGCCCACUUGAUUUCGCUUAUCGAGAAAAAGACCUUUGUGUUAGGGGAAAAUUUUUGGGGCUUUUUUGAAGGCCUUUCCAAUCCUAAGCUUAUGCAGAAGAUCACCCAAUGGUUUGGAUCUGCACAAGCGGUGUGUCGAAUUGCAGUGUAUGCUUUGAACCACUACCAGGGGGCAGAACUUUCGCCUUUAAAUAGAAAAGUCCAUCUUGCCGUUCCAUUUGAAGUUCUUGAUGUGAUGUUGUCUUUCCCCAUUUGUUUGUUGGAUUGUUCAAAUAUUGAGAAUCAUCUUAAAAAGGCAUCAGUACAAAUUUCCCUGGUAGAAUGGAUGAUUCGCUUUGUGGGCACUUGUGUCUACUUGGACUCCUUGGUUGGAUCUCGAGAUUUAUUGACCCACGAUUUGGCUGCGCGUGACCGAUCGGGAAUGUCCUGGGCGCUGCUUGUAGACAUUCCAAUUCUUUUUUGUAAUGUAUAUCAAUGGUCCCUAUUGUCUAACUGUAAAGAUUCGAAUGCUCCCAUUGACCAGGAGUUGCUGACUCGUAUUGUUUCCAGUUUCCCGAUCGAUGGAAUUGCGCUCAAAACCUCCACAACUUCUCUUCCCAUCAAAAAGCUUUGGAAGGAGCUUACCACAUCAAAAAGCGAGUUGCUUGGCGAGAGAAUUCUGGUAUCCGCAGGUAUGAUAUCAAAAUAUCUCGCUGUGAAUACAAAAGAGGAUUCAGAGGAGAAAUGGAUCCUAAGCCAACUGAUAGAGCUCUUUGGGGCACUAGACGAUGAUAAAAAGUGGAAUUGCGGCAUUGGCUGUUGCGAACAGCCACCUCCACCUCCACCUGCACCGCCUGUAAAAGAAAAGCCGAAAGAGGAAAAAAAGCCAGCGGUAAAAGAAGAGAAAAAAAAAAAUGUACCUCAAAAGCCUGAGGAGCCGGAGGAAUCGGACGAAUCGGACGAAUCGGAAGAUCAAGUACCUGAAAAAGAGGCUCCAAAAAUUGAUCCUCCGUCUGAAGAUCAGUCAGGCACCGUUUCUUCUAGUCCACCGGCACCCAUCGUACCGGCACCUAUCGCACCGGCACCUGUGGCACCGGUACCUGCACCUCCAAUGGUUGAUUGCUAUGGGAACAAAGUGGAACCCCAACCUCCCUUGACCGGUUUGUCUGCAUGGGAAUAA